CCCGGCAGCAGGACUUCCUGUAUCCACGCGGCUACGUCACCCGCGUCUGAGCUUUAAAAACGACGCAGGCGGCGCCGAGCGAGAAGAGUUCGCUGCUGUUUUCUUUUGCAUUUCUCCGUGAAACUUUUUGAAAAUGGUGCAGCAACUGACCAAGUCCGGAGCGAAGGCGGCUCCGCUGCUGAAGGCAGGACACCCUCCUGCAGUGAAGGCUGGAGGUAAACGCGUGGCCAAGAAAGGUUUGGAAGAGAGUGCCACUCCAGAGAAGGAGACCAAGAGGGCUGAUAAACUGAGGUCCCUUGCCACCUCCAACCGGAUGCAGCAAGUUGGCUUACUUCUGUCAGGAACUCUCGACAAGCUGAGCCACAACUUUCCAGAGACGCCAGUGAGCGUGAGGCACAGCAAGGUGCGCCCCGCGGUGGAGAAGACCCACUCACCCAGGACCUUUUUCAUUCAGCAGCCGAGGAAGUUUUGAACGGCACGUGUUUUCAGAACGCCCCCAGAGGGGUUGCCAUGUUAAGUCGACUGUGAAAGAUAGACAUGAAGGGUUCGACACUCUGGGGGGAGGGGGGGGGGAGUUGACAGGUUGUCUGUGAAGUGCUGAUGUAAAAGAUGUUCAUUAUGCUCUGUAUAUACUUUGUAGAAAAAUUGUAAGCUUUUUCAGGCUGUGCUUGCUUGUCAUAAUAUGUGGUCAUGCUGUAGUUAUAUUUUCCAGCUGACGAUGGCAUUUUGGUAUCGGUAUGUGGAAGGGGGGGAUGGGGGGGUUAUAAGUUUGGCUUUUGAGGCUGUUACUUGUUGGGUUUUUCUAAAGUGAAAUCUAUGCAUUACUUGGCACUUAUUAGAUUUAAUAAUAAAAAAAAGCAUGAUGUCACUGUGUUGCAGACUACUUAUUUCCAGUUUUGUUUUUGCAGUAAGCAGCAAUGAUCCCUAGGUGGCAGCAAAUAGCCAUUUAUGAACUUUGGGGUCAAAUAACAAUUACAGAAUCUGUUAAAGCUUCCAUUGCCAUUUCAAACAUUUACCUGGAAAUCAUGACUAGUAUAACAAGGCACCAAUGACUUGUAUGCCUAAAUUCAGUCUGUAAGAAAAUAACAUUUUCCUAUUUUAAGACAGUUUAGUCUUUUAUCAACAUGAAUGUAGUUCUAGUUUGAAAAUAUUCCUUCUACGUGCCUCAGUUCGAUAGUCCCAUGUUUUGAUUGAUUGGAUUUAUAUGCUACCUAACCUUAGCAUUAACACAUUGUUUAAACAAUGCUUUACCAAUGCAGAUGCUGACGAGAGAUUGUGAUUUUUGUUUCAAUGGGGAAAAAAAACAACCCUCUGGAAGUGUAAAGAAAAAAAACAACCCAAUUAAAACAAUAGUUAUUUUAUCACCAAG